AUGCAUCCGAGCCCCCAUCCUAAUCCCGCCACCGAGGACAAAACCUCGGUCGCCAAGCUCCGAAGACGCCAUCGCAAGUCCCGCAAUGGUUGCUUGGAGUGUAAGAGGCGACAUAUCAAAUGCGAUGAGAAACGCCCCUCUUGUGGUAACUGCAUUGUUAGUGAGAGGAGUUGUUCAUUUCCUCCUGCCGCGUCGGGGUCUACCCCAACUCCAUUACCAGCUCAGCCUGAACCAUCUACCACUCCCUCUUUCAAUGAGCCUUUGACCAGUGCGAGUAAUAGCGGCAGUCGCCUGCAGAGUCCUGUCGAUAGUGUUUCGAGUACAGGGGCUUUACAUCCUCCCUCGUCAAUACCGCCCCCGUCAUAUCUUGGAUAUGGCGCCAACACCAAUGAGCGGACUCCUUCGACCACGCUACCUUCCUUCACGGAAUCUUUCGCUCCGGACUUUGUUGAGUCGCCUAUAUCAACACCGCAAACAGAUGGUGGUCAGGCAUCUUCUCAGCUCGUCUUUACCAACAAACAUCUUAUGCUUCUGCAUCACUUUCGCAAGGCGGCGCUUUUCGACACUGAUAGUAUAGACACUCUUCUUGACGUUGCUCUGGAAUGGUCCUCACAAGCUCCUUAUGCACUGGAUCAGCUCCUCGCUUUAUCAGCAGACCAUAUGGCUGUGCUUCACCCUGAAAGUGCAGCUUCCUACCGUCGAAAUGCCACGGAGCUUCAAACACGUGCUCUUUCAUAUUUCAACAGGGAUGCUCAAGAACUAGCCAGCCAUGACACAUACUAUAUCCCUCGGUUCCUCUUCUCGUCUCUCCUCAGCUUGCAUAUGCUGUACGACACACUCACUCAGUAUCGCUCCUCCUUUCAUGUAUUUAUAGAGAGGUUCUGUGAGUCAGUCUAUCUACAUCGCGGCGUCCGGUCCACAACCUCGAAUCGGUACUACGACCUUCUCGAAACCCCAUUGGCAAAGUUCUUGAUUGAGGUCAGAGCAGCAGAGCUCGGUGACAAGGGCGAUGAGUGCAGUCCAUUGAUAGACCUCAUCCAACAAUCUGACCUGAGUCAAGCGUCAGUGGAAGCAUGUAGUAAUGCUGCCCGAUCGUUGCAAUGGGCUUACAACGUGUAUCGUAACCUACCAGCGAACAGGAAUUUGCAAGCCGUGUCGGCGUUCCCUGUCAUCUUGCGCGAAGACUUUGUAGAAGCUGUUCGCAAACACCGGCCGGAGGCGUUGCUGGUGCUGGCAUACUACGGUGUUUUACUCCAUCGAUGCCGUCACGCCUGGUUAGUUGGGGAUUCAGGUGCGUUCUUGAUACAUCUCAUUGCUGGUCAUCUUGGGAGUUACUGGCAAGAAGCUUUGCAUUGGCCGCUACAGGAAUUAGAGAACAAUCAAGGAUGA